AUUCUUGUGAAAUUCCAUUGUGAUUAGUUGAAGGGGAUUUAAUGUGUGACAGUGUUUUUUUUUAACUAAAAAAUAAAAUUUGACUCUAUUAGAAUUUGCAUUUAAAAUUUGUAAAAUAAGUAAAUCAGCAGUAGAGUGAGAGUGCACAACAGCAGUGAAAUUUGCGCAAAAGAAUGGCAAAUCGCACCCAGCAAGAUACCUCACCCUCAAUUAUUGAAAGAGUGCGAUCUCGCGUGUCCGGAUGGUUUUCACCCACAAGCAGUGGUAGUACGGAACAGCGACAGCAGGGGAAUGGCAAUCUCCGGCGACGCAGGGAAUCAGACACAGGAAAUGAACCGGUAGCAGCAGCAGAUUAUGAUGAACAAUAUGAGGCACCACCAGUCAAGAAGCUCAAAUCCUUUAUUGUUACUCAAAAUACAGUAGAACAGUGCAGUCAGGGUAGCGCUGCUUCUCGUCGCACAAUCUACGACUACAGUGGUGUGCAGCAGCAACAUCAAGAUACCCCCCCGUAUGCUUUUCUACGCUCUUCCCCACUUAUAAGACAUCCACCUUCACAAAAGUCCCAACUAAAUCAAGUUGUUGUGUCUCCUGACAUGGAUGACGAAGAAGAAGAAGCAGAUGAAGGACAAGAAAAUCCACAAAUUGUUGCAUCUCAGAAGGAAAAUGUGGAUGAAGAUGAGGAGGAAGAGGACGAAAGUAUAGCUAAUGGGAAUGAUGAGAGUGCUUCGGAGAGUGGUGCAAGUAUUAGUAGUGCCAGCUGUAAUAUUUUUCCUCCAACAAGAGCUAAUGCAUCAUCAUCCGGCGGCGGUGGGGGAGGUCUUCGGGAAUCGAGUUUAAUAAAUUUUGGAUCUCACCUUCAGUCGAAGAAAUCCCUUUUCUCCGAUAAGAACAUAUCGAUUUCAAUGAGUUCCCUGAAUAGUUUGUCGCAAAAGCGCCAAUUUAAUGCUUCUCUCUACGGGAGUACGUCAGCAUUGAGUGAUAGUCGCCUCCUGAGCAUACAAUCCCCAUUCUAUCGUGGUAGAACAAUGUUUGGUGGUGCAUCUGCAUAUUCUUCUUCUUCUGCCCAUGGGGGGAUGCGUCUAAAUAGCCCCCUUGGGAGUCGUCGUAAUCAAAUACCACCGAGACCCUCAUCGAGUCUCUCGAACUUCUCAAUGUCUUCAGCUAACCAGCUUACGGGGCAGGGGGGGACACGUGGUGUGAGUGAAAGUGCAAAUGGGAAUGAAGAUGAAUUGCCACUGUCGAGUACGGCCAAGAGGAUUCUCGAGGUGAUGAAUCAGCUAUCAGGACCACUGUCGGAUGUAAGGAAGAUGGCUCAUAGUAGCCUCAGUGGCUUCAGCACAACCCAAUCACACCCACCAAUGACGCCACACCACCGUCAACGAUUUACAGAACAAGAUAUGGAGGCUAAGAGAGCAAUAAGAUUGCAACAGCCCAAGACCCCGUACUCCAGAUCCACCACUGUGAACUAUUCAAUGCCACCAAUUACCGAAUUGCAAGUCCCAUCAAUGUCACAGCUAUUGCAGAUGAAGAAGUUGCAAAAUCAAACGGAACAGCUGCGUAAAUGCGCCUCUGAGACGAAAAGUUCGCUCAAUCGGGUGACAGAGUACAAGUUGCCGGACACAAAAGGUGGUCAGAGUGGUGAUGCGGAGGGUGCUAAACACGUUAAUAAGAUACGAACAAAAAUUUGCAAAGUUCGCGAAACUCCGCAGGAUGACGUCCUACCGCUUGUCCAAUUGCCAGACGUUCAAUUGCCCCAAUUGAAGUCAAUACCGAAAUUUGAUAUUUCAUUUCCCUGUGUGGAGAAUAAGAAGAACAAUGGAUCAACUAAAGCAGCAGCAGCCGAUGAAGAUUUGUGUGAAAUUGAUGAUGAAGUCAAUGAGAAUUAUUUUGCAUUCUCUAAGCCAAUUGUUGUUGGAUCACAUCGUGUGCAAGGAAUUGGUACUGGAAUGUUUAAUUACAAAUUUAGUGAACCCAUAAAUCUGACACAAAAGAAUGAGAAGAUCACAACAACCUUCAAUUAUGCACCGGAACUGGCAAAGAAGCUUCCACAGCAGAAAAUGUCAACGGGAGACUUUUUGAAUGUAAUGAAAGCCCCCGAGCAGCAAACCCUGAAGAUUGGGAGUAGUGUCUUGGAGGCACUAAAAGCAUCGCCCCUUUCGCACGCAACGGGCACGUUGAAGAAUUCAAAGAAUGACGAUGAUGAUGCUUCGAAGGAGGUGCUGCCAAAAGCCACAAAAGAUCCGCUCAAUGUGGUAAAUUCAUUUGGUAGUCAAUUUAGAGCUUCUGCCGACACGUGGGAAUGCACAGCGUGUUUGGUGCGUAAUAAAAAUGCAGAGAUAAAGUGUAUUGCCUGUGGGACGUCAAAGAAGACAGAUACUGGUGCAAAAGCAACUUUGUCAUCAUCCAAUUUGACCGUAAAUGCCGCAACAUCGGGAAAUUCGGGAUUUUCUGCCAUUUUGCAGGCUCAGAAGAGCAAAUGGACGUGCUCUAGUUGUAUGGUACAGAAUGACAAUACCAAGGAAAAGUGUGUAUGUUGCGAACAACCAAAACCAUCAGAGGUUGAUGAUAAGACGACACCAAACAAGGCUCCUUCUGUACUGGGAAAAGCACCAACAAUGUCAACAGAUGCUGGCUUCUGCAAGUUGGUAUCGGAGCAGAAGGCCAAAUGGGAGUGUGCAGCAUGUAUGACGAGGAAUGAACACAGCAAGAAUCGUUGUGCUUGCUGUGAACAACCAAAACCAGGUGCUGUGGCGGAUAAUGUUCCCCAAUUUUCCUUUAGUGCAACCCCAUCGACAUCCUCGAAAUUCACAUUUGGCAUCAAAGCACCCGUGGAAGUUGCUUCUUCGGCAGAAAAGGAUGUUGAUGGAUCAACAAAGACUGUAACAACGACAACACCAUCAUCGAGUGGUUUCAUCUUUGGUGCCAUUUCAUCGGCAAAAGGAAAUGAAAAACCAGCAUCAAGUGAUGCAGCAUCAAAAGUUGGCUUUAUUUUUGGGAAUGUCGCAUCUACAGCUGCUGCUUCUACAACAACAACAACAUCAACGUCUGCUAAUAUGGUGUCUUCAGCUGCCCAGGAAGCACCGAAAUUUGUCUUUGGAGCCGCCAAAAGUAAUGUGCCUGCAGAGGCUACAAAUAAGUUUGUGACACCCUCUGUAGCAUCAACGACCACAACAUCCGUUGCAGCUUCCACAACAAUUGGUGUAACGUCAACCGCGAGUUGUGGUGGUUUCAAGUUUGGGGUUCCUACAUCUGUGACAUCAACUGAUGAAGUCAAAAGUGUGGUUACAGCCGCCAAUCCUUCGGCUCCUGAAGCACAACCAGCUACAACAACAUCUGCCACAUUCUUAUUUGCCCCAUCUGCAGGUACUCCGGCAGUAGCAGCAACAAAAGAAGCAACGAGCAGUGCAGCCAAGACGACAGAAAUACUUAAACCCAAAGCUUCAAUUAUCUUUGGAGCACCAUCAACUACGUCAACUACCACCGUUGUAACACAACCAUCAAAUAUCUUUGGUAAUUCCUCGUCAUCGGUGUUUGCAAAUACAACUGGGGGAACGGAUGUAUUUUCAACAACUUUCAAGAGUUCCUCCACAACAUCAACACCAACUUUUGGAAAUACAGCAACCACCACCCCGAAGGCUCCGGAAGAACAACCAAAGAAGACAGCACAACUUUUUACCUUUGGAAGUGUUGCUGAACCCGCUGCCAGCACCGCAACUACUACACCGGCAACAGUAAAUCCUCAACCGGGAGCUGCUUUUGCAUUUGGUACAUCGGAACAGAGUAAUAAAACAACAACAGGGAGUACACCAUUCAUUUUUGGUGGAGUUGCAAAGGCACAGCAAGAUGAUAAAUUUCAAUCGAGCGGUUUUCAAGGAUUCGGUGGAUUUGGUGGGCAAUCAUCACAAGUUCCAGCGCAAUCGGGUUUUGGGUCGAUUGCUCCAACAUUUGGAGGAGCUGCAGGCGCCACAUCGGCAGCACCCUUUGGUAGUGGUUCAACAACACCAGCACUGUCAUUUGGAGCUGCAUCUGCAGCACCUACCUUUGGAGCAGCGGCUUCAUCGGGAAAUAUUUUUGGGAGUGCUACGUCAUCACCGCCCACGUUCAAUGCAACACAGGGUGGAUCAGGUGGAAUAUUUGGAAAUAGUAGUGGAAGUGCUGUCAAUAAAACACCUGCUGUUGCUGCUGCUACACCCUUUGGUCAAUUGGGAAGUCGUGGUUUUGAUGUCAAUGACAGCAGCAUUGAACCAUCUACAAAGAAGCAACAGCCAUCAUUUGAUUUUGGUGCACCAAAGGCACAAGAGUCAUUAAAUGCCCCAUUUUCCUUUGGUUCAAGCAACAACAAUACUCUGGGCGCACCAGUUGAAAAGGCAACGUUCAAUUUCACAGCUGGGGCCGCUCCGAAUUUUAAUUUUACCGGUUCAUCGCAACAGAACUCAUCCCAACCAUUCUCUUUCAAUGCCACACCAACAACGUUCAAUUUCGAAGCUGGAAAUUCAGAGACUGGUACAAAUGCACCAGCUUUUCCAAUUGGUGGAACUAAUUUGUUUGCUGCAACUCCUGGUCAAGCACCGCGGAGAAAAAUGCGUGCUGUACGUCGUAUUCAGCGGUAAAUUGUCAUAAAAUCACAAAAUGCCGAAGCAUUAGCCAAUUGUGUGGUAAAACGGAAAAUUUAGCAAAGGAUUUAACGAUGGGCGACAACACCAACAAAAAGAUGUUUGUAAAAACAGGCUCCUCAGUGUAUCACUACCGGCAAAAAAGGUUCACCAAUAAAAGAGAUUUCUCAAAAAUAAUUAACAAUAAGAGUGUUAAGCAGAAUAUUCAUUUGGUAUGCACCACAACUUCCAAAAGAAAUAAUUUUCAUAAUAAAUAUGUUAAAAUCAAUAAUCCAUCAUCUUCAAUGGGGAAGAUUCUUGUGCCAAGGAGGAGGACAAAGUUGUCCAUGCAGCAGAACAUUGAUAAUAGAGGAAGUAAAUAUCGUUAUAUUGCUCCGAAUUUUACAAAAAAAAAUAAACAACAAGUAGGUACUUUCAUGGAAAAAAAUGUUGUGCAACAAGAAUAAACAUUUACAUCAAAUUAUUAUUUAUAAAAUAAAAGAAAACUCAUGAGACAGGAAAAUUAUAUUUAAUUUUUUUUAGUGGAAAUUUAAAAGAAAACGUUUGAUUUAAUAUAAAAUGAUGAAAUAAACCAAAUUUAAAGGAGGAACGUCAAAAUUGCGUAAAAAAAGAUGUAAAAGCAUAAAAUAAAAAAAUGAUGAAUUAAACUGCA